AUGGAGUUUGCAAGCUCAAUUUUAUCCCCUAACAAUCCUAAUUCUACAGGUUGCCUAACAUGUUGGAGUCCCUGCAUCACCUUUGGACGGAUAGCAGAGAUCGUUGACAGAGGCUCGACAUCAUGUAGUACAAGCGGAACAUUGUAUACUCUACUUUGCUGCUUAACCGGCUGCCAUUCGAUAUACUCGUGCACAUACCGCUCAAAGUUGAAGGCACAGCUUGGAAUUCGAGAGAACUACUGUGCGGAUUUCUGUUCCCACUGCUUCUGUGAGUAUUGUGCCUUAUGUCAAGAGUACCGUGAGCUUCAACACCGCGGCUACCGUCUUGCACUCGGAUGGUAUGGCAACAUGGAAAGACAAAACCCUGGAAUCGCGAUGCCUCCACAAGUGCCUUCUGGAAUGGUGCGACACUAAGUUCAAGCAUCGAUCUGCAGUACCAUUGAAAGAUCUGAUCUAGGCGAAGUUGGGAGAUUUCGUAUGUAUUACAGAUUUACAGACAUGUUUAAUCAUCUAAUAUGCUUUAAGUAUGCAGUUUUUAAGUUGUAGUAAUGUAUCAUGAUUAAGGUACAUUAGAAGUUCAUACACUGUUCCAAUGAUCUGGCUAAGAAUUCAACAACUGCAUGAUUAAUGAUUUCUACUUUUAAAGCUAAGAGUUCGGACGUCGGACUUGCAUUAUCAUCACAUUAAUUUAUGUCCAAAACA